AUGCCUCCUCCGCUUAUUGAGGAAGAGGAAGAGGAAGAGGAAAUGGGGGAUUUUGAUGGCGGUCUCCCUCACAAUUGGGAGGAUGACUUGGAUCUACUUGCGGACCCUUUCUUCAAUGCUUACGACAACAACGAAAUACCUGACUUUGAGGAUCGCGUGCCUUUUCAAGGUCUGGGAGCAUUAGCACCGCCACCCUUCGUCGAUAAUGAAUUGUCCGCACCACCUAUCCCUGGAUCGCCGAUGCUGGUCGACGCGGUACCAGAAGCCCCGUUACAGGAGCAGCCGGUGUAUGACGAAGAUGGCAAAAAAAUAGGCACUAUUCUACCUGCGAUAACUAGCACACCUCGGCGGAACAUAUCAGUCGAUAUUCCUUCCAGCACUCUCACCAGGCCGGCGAGUCUUUACCAAGGCGAAGAGCAGCGACCUAGCGAACGAGAAUGGGUAGCGGUUCGGUCUUUGCUCCAAGAGAUACAGCAGAACAGCGACAAUGGAGAUCAAAACUUCAUUGAGUUCGAGAUCGAUGACUUCGCCGUGUACAUUGACGCUACGGUACCGGGUGGCAACAUGAAGCUUUACGAGGAGAAACGGUAUCCCUGCGAGAUGCGUCCCCUGCAACAUCUGAGUAUUCAGACCGCUUGCACUCAGAUGUAUGUCGACGGUGUCUUGUCUGUGGGAGAGAGGCAAUUCUUUGUUAGGCAAAUUCCAUUCAACGAAUUGCCUAUCGGCAACUACGGAAUAUCCGAGGCCACAGUCGGCUCUGAAAUCUGGAUACGCUCCAAAUACAACGUUGCCAUCGCCAAAGGAGAAGGUCCAGAUGUGUAUUAUCGGCUUGGAAGCCCAGCUCCCGAGUACCGACGCUACUACGCCGGGUUUACUUGGGUUGCAGAUCUGGCUAAGCACGUGGUGGACUAUCUCUCCGCUGCUAUAGACCAAAGCCGUCGUGUCACAUUCCGGGACUUUCGAUCCGACUUCUCACGAUGGCUUGCAGAUACGCAUGGUCACUCGAAUGCUUUCUCCAAAUGGCGGAGGCAAUACUCCGGAGAGGACUUCUGCACAGCAAUUGUACCAAAUGUCCAGUUCAUCUAUAAGGAAGCCUACGGAGUCCUUGGACACCGAGCUACAACUAUCUAUCUCUGGAGAGAGAUUCGCGACUUCACUGCGUUCACCGAUAGCCAGGAGAAGAUGCUCAAGACCGGUGGAAGCGACGCUGACACGCCACAAACUUCACCGUCGCCAACACCAAAGCCUCCAAAAACGUGCCAGCCCGCUGACAUACCCAGAACAGUAGUAACCCCUUACGUUAACGACCUCUUCCAUCAUCUACCCUGUGGACCGAUGAUGGAGGCAACUAGUCCGACCGCAAGGGUGGGAAAGCUCCGAAGGGGCGUCAUUCGAGGCCUGGGCUUGGAGGAGGCUACAAGAGUUCACACAGCAGCCAAGGACAUAGUUGAGAAGACCGGACAGGAAGUACGAGUCGGAGAUGUGAUUUCCACGCAUAGAGACGACAACGAAGACUAUUGGGUUCGAGAAGCCGCUUCUGGCUUCAAUGAUGUCGACUGCUGGUUUGGACUUGUCCAAAAAGUCCACGAUGUCCACAAUUCACGGCAGAAGAGCUUCGAUGUCAUUUGGAUCUACACGCCGACGCAUACACUCUGCGGCACUAUGAGAUAUCCGUGGAACAACGAACUUUUCCUUUCCGACCACUGUACCUGCGGCGACGCUGCCGUCGGAAAGAUCAAGGAGGAUGAGGUAUUGGCCGUCCACAAAGUAGACUGGGGAGGCUCGUCUGGAACCGACGCAGAGUUCUUUUGUCGCCAGACGUACCUCCACGAAGAGAGAAAAUGGAUCACAUUCAGAGAGCAACACCUGCGAUGCCCUCACCGCCAAGCAAGACCAGGAUUUCCUUAUCUAGCAGGAGACACUCUGUUGGUGAGCCUAGAGCCAGGUAACGACGCUACAGUCGAGCCCUGCGAGUUGGUAGCUCUCCCCGACGCCGAAGGCGAAGUAACGUUUCGCCGCCUGGAGCGCAGACAUCGCCUGCAGCCCGACAUGAAUGUUUCACCCAACGAAAUUGUCUACACUGACGAAGAGUUUACUCUUGGACAGGAAAACAUCCACGGAAGAUGUCUCGUCCGAGUCUUCCGCCCUGACGAAAAUAUACCACCACCAUAUGAUCGUAACGGGGUGGGUAAUGCAUUCUUCAUAACGCAGCGAUGGCGAGAUGGUGUUAUGAUUUCCAUUGAGGAUGCUCCCAUACCGCUCAGGCAGGGAUUUGAUCCCAGAAAGCAGUUCUACAAGCUUCGUGGCUUCGAUCUCUUCUGUGGAGGUGGAAAUUUCGGUCGCGGUCUUGAAGAAGGCGGGGCGAUAGAGAUGAACUGGGCCAACGACAUCAACAUUAAGGCCAUCCAUACUUACAUGGCCAAUGCUACUAAUGUCGUACAUCCUUUCGCUGGAUCGAUUGACGACCUCCAACGACUUGCCCUGCAAGGGAAAUUUAGUGAAAGGGUACCUGAGAUCGGAAUGGUUGACUUCAUUUCGGGUGGGAGUCCAUGCCCUGGCUUCUCACGCUUGACCAUUGACAAGGCCACUCCUGAGCAACGCAAAAAUCAGUCAUUAGUGGCAGCAUUUGCUUCGUUCGUUGACACGUACCGACCUCGCUAUGGCCUGCUUGAGAACGUCAUGGAGAUCCUCCAGCCCAAGGGGCGCCGAGGCGAGGAUGUGUUCAGCCAGUUGAUUUGCGCCCUCGUCGGGCUCGGAUACCAGGCUGAGGUCUUCUUGUUAGAUGCCUGGAAUUAUGGAUCACCACAAAGCCGCAGUCGAGUUUUCUUAUGCUUUGCUGCGCCUGGUCUGGCUCUUCCCGAGAUGCCUCUCCACUCUCAUUCUCAUUAUACGGCUAAGAUCCGCAGUCGAGGAUUGGGAUGGAUUCCCAACGGGAAGUCAAUGGUCGACCGGCUGACAAUGCCCACCCCGUUCAAGUUUGUCAGUGCACGAGAGGCGACGACUGAUUUGCCUGACAUCAUGGAUGGAAAGGCAGACUGCUGUAUCAGCUUUCCCGACCACAGAGUCGCCGUCGGUGUCACUAAAAGACUACGCACACAGAUGGGUGUUAUCCCAAUGCACCCAUACGGAAUGAAUUUCCGCAAGACUUGGAACAAAGGGAAGGGAGUCAUGACCGUGGCCGAGAGGAGCCUCUUCCCGGAGAAAGGUGAGAGGGUUAAUGAGCUUAUAUCUAACUCUUGGGGACGAGCUUUACCAGGCAAGGUCAUGCCUACGAUUACGACGACUCCCGCACCUACAGAUGCCCGCGUGGGAUUCAUCAUGCAUUGGGAACAGGAUCGCGUUUUGACGAUCAUGGAAGCCCGGCGUGCGCAAGGCUUCCGAGACCACGAAGUCCUCCUUGGGGCACCCAAAGACCAAUGGAAAGUCGUUGGGAACAGUGUGGCUAGGGGGGUGUCAUUAGCCUUGGGUCUGUCCUUUCGCCAGGCAUGGUUGGGGUCUCUGAUCGAUGGAGAUGAAGUCGCACCAAAAGUCCAAAUCGCACAGGACGUCUCCGAUGAUGUGCAGAUGAUGGACACGCCGCCUCUGGCAGAAUCGCGCACGAGCAUCUCCGAUUCUGCAUCACCAGCGUCAUCGUUGAGUCGCGCCGUCCCUGCGAAGCGUCCUCUAGGAAGCACACUUUUGGUUGAGCGAUUCACGUCGAAGAUGACGAAGUCGAGCCGGACACAGACAUCAAGCGGUAGCAGAAGCACAGUCGAGGUGGAGGAUAAAGUCCAGGCCGAAGCGACGACGUCGUUGGUGACCUCGGACAUUGAGAUCAUUGAGAUUGACUAG